AUGUUCCUCCGUAUGGCUCGUGAAUAUACCCAUCUGCAGCGUGCAAAGCGAGCGGGCAGAGGUCACGUCAAAAACGGUCUCGCCACCACAAAGCCCGGUGAAUGUGCAGUUAGAUGUUGGGCCUGCCCGGAUCGUGAACGCAACUUACCGUUGGGAUGGGACAAGGUCAACGAAAAAGAAGCCUACUUGUUCCGCACCGUACUUGCACUUGAUGCAAACUUCAAGCUCAAGAAUUUCAUCCGUCUGAAUGAGCGUGAUGACACCCCGCUGGGUCCAGGAUGGGGAGCAUGGGUUGAGCCAAAGAAAUAUCAUGAGCAUUUGCGUGGCUACGUGGGUGAGAAGGAUAUCAGUUCUUGUAUCGCUUUUGCAGCAUUGGCGCAAAAGGACACCCGCAACACAGUCGGUCUGAGAGUGUCUGGCGUCGGCGGAUGUGCCUGUGCUCGACACGAAUGUGUGCGACCCAAUGGUCUGGGUGAUUUGCAGAAGGGAGAGAGAUACGCUAACAUGGACUUUAUUGCCAUGUCAGCGCUGCGUGGUUUCAAUCUCAAGCAGCUAACUAUCUCCUACGAUAUUGCGUGCCAAUGGGGCAUCAACUUGUGGGAACGCAUCUCGAAGUUACCAGAGGACCUUCAUCUUGAUUUCGAGUCGUUCUGGUUCCGCUACGGUCUCCCAGUGUGGCACGCAACUGCCCACGAAGAGUCGUGCACGAACCGAUUCAGCCUGGGCCUCAUUCCCGGAUUGGGCAAAACUGACGGAGAGGGCAUCGAGCGUCUUUGGGCAGAGCUCAACGCGUUUGCGUAUCACACCAAGACAAUGGGCCUGGGACAUCGGGCAGACACACUUGACGACAAGAUCAACUACCACAACUUUACGAAGAACCUCUCUCAAAGUGACAUCCUUCGUCGCAAGCUCAUGGUUGCCACCGCCAAGCAUGCACGUCAGAUCACAUGCUGGGACGAUGUCAACAAGUCAAUUGAUGAAGAACUGCGCAAAGAGUGGCAAGGCGACAUUGAUAUAUUUGAAGAUGACCCUGUUGUCGCCAAGUCCCCGUUCUCGAUGGUCUUCACAGCGGGCCCGAGUGAGGCCGAAGUACGCUUGGAGCUCAAGCGUGAUGAGGAGGCUCAGAUCACCGCAGGUGCUGCAGCGCUCCAUGGAACAAGUGCAACAGCGUUCUUGACCUCGGGGCUGGGCCUGGAGGAGAGUCAACGACGCAUCAAAUUCCAGCUAUCGGAUGCUGCCCAUGUGUCGCUUCAUCGGCAGAACCAAGUUGAGGACUACCGGCUCUCCUUCUUGUCGAAGCUCGGUCCAUUUCGGGGGCUACAGCAAGUGUACACGAUGGCAUCAAUCAGGGCAUUGGAGAACGACACACGUCAGAGGGAGGGUGCUGCCACCUCGACGGCGCUAUUGCCGGAAGAUGUGAAGCUGUACCUUCCGUCAGCGCUACCACCGGGCGAGCGGGCCUUGGGAUGCCAGAGUGGUGUAGCUGAGAUGGAGGCUCGUCUGCGCGAGGCCCAGUGCACAGACGCGUUGGCGGCGUUGCAAAAGCACCUCCAUGCAAAGCGUCACCUGUGGUUCUGGAAGAUGAAGCGCUCAAAGGGCCAGAAGGCGGGAGCACAGGCAUAUGGAAUUGUCAAACAAAUCGACGGCCGCAUCGCACAAACCGCAGCAAAGUAUCGAGCAGCAAGGUCCGCACUUAUUGCUUUGAAGGGGGCUGCGCAUGCUCCGCACUUCCAGGCGCUUCUUCCCGAGCAUAUCAGCCUUGAUGACGUGUCAAACAUGGAUGCAGAAGCUGUUCAGAGGCUGAAGAAGGCAGACGCGGGGAGAGGGGAGCGUGCGGCGAGGCAACAGCCGGGAACGUCAAAGAAGGUCAUGUUGUGGAUCUGGACGGUGAAGGUGCCAGGUGUAGAAGGAUCAGAGAUGACGAUUCAUGACUCAAUUCGUCUUGAGUGGUGCCGUGCAAAAGCACGCAAGAAGCGAUGGGAGGAGGAGGUACUCCUGCUGAGGGAAGAGAUGCGGAGGGUGCUGAGAAGCAUCGACUACGAGGCUGCGGCAUGGAAGAAGUGCACUGAGGUAGAGCGUGAUGAUCUUGAUGUGGAGGUCCACGCGGGAGUCAUAGCCUACGCGCUGAAGCAGGCAGAUUGGUGCCACCAGCUACGGGAUCACUUUCAUGCAGAAUUCGAUGUUCCGCUUGCUGAGGCCGCCGCGAAGGUUCAUGAGGUCGACUAUGGUGGUGUACAGGAUUUGCUUGACAGUGGGAGAUAG